GUGAAUCACAUUGUUUCAAUAUGUUGUGUCCUGGAUUUGUUGGUGUUGAUAAAGAUAUUCCAAUUGACAAUGCUUUCGAUGAAGUAACGAGAAGAGGAGCGCCGUAUCAAGUGCGUUUUACGCCAUUUGUUUACAAGGACCCGAAAACAGGACAUUGGUGGCUUGCAAUAAAGCAUCCCUAUAAACCAGACAAGAUAAUUGGAUAUUGGCCACGAGAAAUAUUCAGUGAAUUGGCAAGUUCAGCAACUUAUAUAGCUGUUGGUGGAGAAGCAUAUAGUCCACUUGGUCAGCGUCUUCCUCCCAUGGGAAAUGGUUAUUAUCCAAUUGAAGAUGCUAGUAAAACUGCAUAUUGUUCUAAUUAUUUCGUUUUAGACGCAAACUAUCAAAUGAUUAACCCAGUGCAAACUACGAGGUAUACUGAUAAUUGGCACUAUGGAGUCUAUGAUGUCGCACAUUAUCUGAAUUAUGGAAGAACAAUUUUCUUUGGCGGUACUACUUUAGAAUAAGGGAAUAGUAAUCGUUAAACAUUUUGAAUUUAA